AUGGCGCAGCUCCCCUUCGUCUCCGCCGCGCGCCCGCUGCUCGCCGCGCCCGCGGGGCGGGGGCCGUGGCAGCGGCAGUGGCGCGGCGGGGCGCCGGGGCGGGCCAAUGCGGCGGGGGGCGCGGGAGCGCGGGUCCGUGCAGCCGCCGCGCGGCGCGCGGCUCCCGCGGCGGUGGAGGCGGUGGCCGACGAGGAGGACGAGGAGGAGGUGGUGGAGGAGGAGAGGUACGCGCUGGGCGGCGCGUGCAGGGUGCUCGCGGGAAUGCCCGCGCCGCUGGGGGCCACCGCGCUCGACGGCGGGGUCAACUUCGCCGUCUACUCCAGCGGCGCUUCCGCUGCGUCGCUGUGCCUCUUCACCCCCGGCGAUCUCGAGGCGGAUACGGUGACUGAGGAGGUCCCCCUUGAUCCCCUGUUCAAUCGGACGGGGAACGUGUGGCACGUGUUCAUUGAAGGGAAGCAGGUGCACGACAUGCUCUACGGCUACAGGUUUGAUGGCGUGUUUGCCCCUGAGCGCGGACAGUACUAUGAUGUUUCCAAUGUCGUGGUGGAUCCGUAUGCUAAGGCCGUGGUAAGCCGAGGUAAAUAUGGUGCACCAGCUCCUGAUGGUGAUUGCUGGCCUCAAAUGGCUGGCAUGGUCCCUCUUCCAUAUAGUACGUUUGAUUGGCAAGGCGACCUACCCCUGAAGUAUCAUCAAAAGGACGUUGUUAUCUAUGAAAUGCAUUUGCGUGGAUUCACAAAGCAUGAUUCAAGCAAGACAAAACACCCAGGAACUUACAUUGGUGCUGUGUCGAAGCUUGACUAUCUAAAGGAACUUGGAGUCAACUGUGUAGAGUUAAUGCCCUGUCACGAGUUCAAUGAGCUGGAGUACUUCAGCUCCUCUUCCAAGAUGAACUUCUGGGGAUAUUCUACAAUAAAUUUUUUCUCACCAAUGGCAAGAUAUUCGUCCGGUGGCACAAGCAACUAUGGACGCGAUGCCAUAAAUGAGUUUAAAUUUUUUGUAAGAGAGGCACACAAACGGGGAAUUGAGGUGAUCAUGGAUGUUGUCUUCAAUCAUACAGCCGAGGGUAAUGAGAAAGGCCCAAUAUUAUCCUUUAGGGGGAUAGAUAAUAGUACGUACUACAUGCUUGCACCUAAGGGGGAGUUUUAUAACUAUUCUGGCUGUGGAAAUACCUUCAAUUGUAAUCAUCCAGUAGUCCGUGAAUUUAUCGUGGAUUGCUUGAGAUACUGGGUAACAGAAAUGCAUGUUGAUGGUUUUCGUUUUGACCUUGCGUCUAUAAUGACCAGAGCAUGCAGCCUAUGGGAUCCAGUUAAUGUGUAUGGAGGACCAAUGGAAGGUAACAUGAUUACAACAGGGACACCUCUUGCUACCCCACCACUUGUUGACAUGAUUAGCAAUGACCCGAUUCUUGGAGGUGUCAAGCUCAUUGCUGAAGCAUGGGAUGCAGGAGGCCUCUAUCAAGUAGGUCAAUUUCCUCACUGGAACAUUUGGUCAGAGUGGAAUGGGAAGUAUCGUGAUACCGUGCGUCAGUUCAUCAAAGGCACAGAUGGAUUUGCUGGUGCUUUUGCUGAAUGUCUAUGUGGAAGUCCACAAUUAUACCAGGCUGGCGGGAGGAAGCCUUGGCACAGUGUCAACUUUGUAUGUGCCCAUGAUGGGUUUACACUAGCUGAUUUGGUGACAUACAAUAACAAGUACAACUUGUCAAAUGGUGAGGACAACAGAGAUGGGGAAAAUCAUAAUCUUAGCUGGAACUGUGGGGAGGAAGGAGAAUUUGCAAGCCUGUCAGUCAGGAGACUGAGGAAGAGGCAAAUGCGCAAUUUCUUUGUUUGCCUUAUGGUUUCUCAAGGAGUUCCAAUGUUCUACAUGGGCGAUGAAUAUGGUCAUACGAAGGGAGGGAACAACAAUACAUACUGCCAUGACCAUUAUGUCAAUUAUUUCCGUUGGGAUAAGAAGGAAGAACAAUCCUCUGACUUGUACAGAUUCUGCCGCCUCAUGACCAAAUUCCGCAGGGAAUGUGAAUCUCUUGGACUUGAGGACUUCCCAACUUCAGAACAGUUGCAUUGGCACGGUCAUCAGCCUGGAAAGCCUGACUGGUCGGAGGGGAGCCGAUUCGUUGCCUUCUCCAUGAAGGAUGAAACCAAAGGUGAGAUCUACGUGGCCUUCAACACCAGCCACCUGCCGGUGGUCGUGGGACUUCCGCCACGCCCAGGCUUCCGAUGGGAGCCGGUGGUGGACACAGGCAAGGCGGCACCGUAUGACUUCCUCACCGAUGACCUGCCAGACCGCGCUCUCACCGUCAACCAGUUCUCCCAUUUCCUCAACUCCAACCUCUACCCUAUGCUCAGCUACUCAUCCAUCAUCCUUGUCUUGCGCCCAGAUGUUUGAGAGAAGCUUGGUGCAGUAAAGAGUAUAUAGGGUAUAGUUCUCUAGAAUGCCAUGGUAAAUGUUGGGUUUUGCUGUUGGUGGUAGUUUAUUAUGCGUUUGUAAAGCUGGUGGUUCUCAGAUAUGUUCGUCAGACUUGAGCAAGGAAAGCAGUGCCCGGUAAUUAAAUAAUGGUGAAUGUACAGGGUAUGCUGCCCCGAGGAAACGACUCCUCUGGCUCUU